AUGGGCUUGCACAAACCAUUGCUACUUCUUGUCUCGAGUUUGGUUGUUGGCAAAGCACUAAUACAACCAACAUGUCCGAACGGUCAAGCACCAAAAAUGAAUGAUGAUGGAAAGGCGAUUCAAUGCUUGCCGGGAUCAUCUCAAAAAGUUGUUUGUGGUAAUAAUCACGCUUGCUUUUUCACUGGAAUGAAUUACGUUUGUUGUCCAUCGAAUGAACCAACUGAAGACUCACAGCCUACCUGUAGUCCUCCUUAUUUAACAGUAUUGGCUGAUGAUGGGUAUCCAUUGAAGUGCAGUGCAAGGACGAGAACUUGUCCACGAAAAACUCAAUUUUGUUCGGAUGUUGGAAUGGCGUAUAUUUGUUGCGAGAAAGCGAUCGGAAGAGAACCACCAAAAGAGGUAGAUCCAGUUCCUCGAUCUGAGAAAACCCUCGAGUGCCCAAGUCAUGCAAUCGGUGUCCUCAAUGAGCGAGGACAGCGAGUGAUUUGCCACUCAAAGAAAAGAUGCCCGAGUAAACACCAAUUUUGUUAUGGCGGUCUGAAGAGAUCGAUUUGCUGUGAACACUAUGAUACAGCGAAGAAUAUACUUGAGGAUAGACCACUCCCCAAAUCAUCAACCAUUCAAGCAAAUAAUAUUCGAAUCGCUUCAAAACUGAGACAAGUUUCUUUGUCAAGCAGAGAACUUCUGGGAACUACAACAGAGCGAACUGUGAUUCGAUCGGAUACAUUUGUCUCAAACAUGUUGAUGCCAAGAUCUUCUGCUGUUGCUACAGCUAUUCGACAUCGAAAUGGUCUUCGAGAAGUUGAACGACUUGAUAUGUCAGCGGUUAAGAGACGAAAGAUCUCUACAGAGUUCAAAGAUGAUGAUGAGACUAUUGAAAAAUUGAUUCCACUUAUUGGACACUUUGAAAUGGAUGACAAUGAGCAAGAUGUCUCUUCAAAGCGAGGCCGAAAAAUCUCAACAACUACAGAAGGUUCUAUAACUGAAUGGCCGUUAGACAACGAAGAUCAGAUCGAGAUUUUAGAGAAAAUAACAAGAACAACGGAAACUAUUGAACCAACAACAACUGAGAGACAAUAUCUUCGAGAGCUUGAUCCUUUCCGAAGAGCUCGAGUUCAUUCAGUGAAAACGAUGAAAGCUCAAGAGAAACCCAUCAAUUUAAGAGAUUCAAAAGAAACUGAUGAUGGUUUUGCUAAACCCUUGAACAUCCCAGCUAAUCCUGUAGCUGAAGAAAAUAAGAAAGAAAUCGCUGAGAAGUUCAUCAUGCAACAGAUUAGAGAUGGUUGGCCGUAUGCUGAUAAAUUCUAUCGACCUGAUGCUGAA